AUGUUCUUUUGCAUUGCAGGCAUCCUGAACCUGAUGAUGCUGAUCCUGGUGGCGGCCAAUGCGCGGCUGAUAGUGGAGAACCUGUUGAAGUACGGCGUGCUGACCAGCCCCGCCAACUGGCUCAAAUGGCUGGUACCCAGCGGCAAUUUCCCGCUACUGCUGUGCUGGCCUGCCCUCGCAAUGUUUGUCCUUUUCGCCAAUCUCAUUGAGCGCAUUGGGCUUGCACGUCUGAAGACUGAGAAAAAGGCGUCCACGGCGAAGAAGAAGAAGGAGCUGCGGCCGAGCGACGCGCGGCGGCUGGCAGCCAAGAUGGGCCGCUCGACGGAGUGGUUGCUGUUUACGCUGCACGUGACCAACCUUUUCUUAACGCUGGCGGUGCCUUGCUACGUCGUAGAAACGACCCAUGCCGAGCCGGUGCCCGGGUUCUUCGUCGUCGUGUGCACCGUCAUCCUGUGGAUGAAGCUGGUCUCCUACGCGCACUGCAACUACGACCUCAGGUCGCGCAGGCGCGUGGCGGACCACCGGUCGCACGAGCGGCAUGGCAGCCCGAGCGAGCCGGACAUAGCGGAGGAGGGGGUCUGGGACGGGGUGGCCCUGGUGUCCUACCCCAACAACCUGACCCUGGCCAACCUGGUUUCCUUCCUGCCGCUGCCCACGCUAAUCUACCAGCCCUCCUACCCGCGCUCCACCCGAUUCCGCGGCCGCUGGGUGCUCUGGUACGCGGUGCGGCUGGUGGCGCUGGCAGGCGUGAUGCUGAUAAUUACAGAGCAGUACCUGCAGCCCACCAUCGCCAACAGCCUGGUGCCCCUGCGCCAGCUCAACUGGCCACACAUGAUUGAGCGCGUGCUCAAGCUGUCGCUGCCCACGCUGUACGGCUGGAUCAUCAUGUUCUACUGCCUCUUCCACCUCUGGCUCAACAUCCUCGCCGAGCUCACCUUCUUUGGCGACCGCGAGUUCUACAAGGACUGGUGGAAUGCGACGGACAUCAGCGACUACUGGCGGCUGUGGAAUUCGCCGGUGCACAAGUGGAUGCUGCGCCACGUCUACUACCCGGCCCUGCGCGCCGGAGUGCCGCGCGUGUGGGCCGGAACGCUUGUCUUUGCCGUGUCAGCCUUCUUCCACGAGCUGCUGAUCGGCCUUCCGCUGCACAUGGUCCGCUGCUGGGCCUUCGUCGGCGUCAUGUCACAGGUGCCGCUGAUGUUUGCGACGGGGUGGCUGAAGAAGACGCUGCGCAACGACCAGAUCGGCAACUUCAUAUUCUGGAUCACCUUCUGCAUCGUGGGCCAGCCUACCUCCAUUAUCCUCUACUACCAUGACUGGGUCAUCACCAACCGCCCCUCCUGGCUGCCCCCCGCCCUCCACCCCUCCGGCCCAGCCUCCAACCUCACCCCGCACCUCAACCUCUGA